AUGGAGUUCAUAUCUACACUUGUGAAUUCAAGUGGUACUAAUGGCACAGUAGCCCACAUGACGUCCCCAACCAGGCCACAGAUUCAGAACCUACACCGCACGACACACAUGGAGGAGCCACUCACCCAGAACCGGAUGAUCGUGACUGGACAUUGCCCGAGGCGGGCCUCGAAGACACUGAUGGAGGAGACAUCGAGACCGAAGGUCCGUCGCCGAACAACCUGGAAGGUCUGUUGCCUAGUUAGAAGCAGGAUGUUCAUGGAGUUGAAGACAGAUGCAAAAUAUAGCAUGGAUACAUAUGAGAAGAAUAACAACACUGUUCAUAAUCAAUGCACGUACCAGUGUCGUCGAAGCUCGCCUCGGGCAAUGUCCAGUCACGAUCAUCCGGUUCUGGUUGCCAUAUUUCCAGAAUUUUCCUCUAACGGGUCAACAAAGUUAGAAGACUUCCAUUACGACAUAAGACUAGUGGGAAGGGUUCUAUCCCAGAAAUGUUAUCACAUUCUCUUCAUUGUACAGUGCUUUGAGAAGAAUAUCCGAAAGUUUCCCUCUUGGAAAGGUGAGCUGAGAAAGAACGGGGAUAUUGGAGAUACCACUCUACGGUUGGAUUGUUUUGGCUAUGGAGGACAUGAUACAGCUGCAUUUGGAAGCUGUCGAACAAAAGAUGGAGGACAAAGUAUCUAUACAAAUGCUUCUGACGAUGGGUGCAAAUUAGUGCUUGGAUUGGGCCCAACACCCAGUACAUAUUCUGAUGAUUAUUGUGCAGCCAGGGGUAAAAAAAACAAAGGUCCGACAACCGUAUUUACUCAGGCGUUGGCAUCUGACUGUGAUUUGAUUCUAAAACUAGGACUGUAUGGGGAUACUGAUGAAGUUUCAAAUAUACUUGAAUUUUCUGCUUCUAUGCAGAGUGCUUCUGAUGCACUUCAUCACCGAGAUCGAAUGUUUUCAGAUGGUCAUAGGCUUGCAAUCCCUGUUGUUGAUGAGGGUUCUACGUCAGCCAAGAAAUCCAGUGGCUAUAUGCCUACACUUCUUUUGGCUCCUAGAAUGGGAAGUACCAAAAUAUCGUUGAUGACUGAUGAGGUUUCAAAUUUUGGUACAAAAUCUCAUUGCCAUGUUUCCGAGCUCAGUGCUGAACCUUGUACUGUCUCUAAUUAUUCGAGGGGCUCCAUAUCUGAACCUACACUACCUGGGGCAUCUUCAGACCACAUAACCAGCAACCUAAAAAUGUGCAAGUUUGCCGGAUGUACAAAAGGAGCACGAGGGGGAACGGGUCUAUGUAUUGGCCAUGGGGGCGGACAGAGAUGCCAGAAACCUGGAUGCAGUAGUGGUGCUGAGAGCCGCACUGCGUACUGUAAAGGCCAUGGAGGAGGCAGGAGGUGCGAGCAUCUUGGAUGCACUAAAAGUGCUGAAGGGAAGACGGACCACUGCAUAGCACACGGUGGUGGAAAACGGUGCCGGCAUCAAGAAGGGUGCACUAGAGCGGCCCGUGGGAAGUCUGGUCUUUGCCUCAGGCAUGGUGGGGGUAAGAGGUGUGAGGUGGAAGGUUGUGCUCGCAGUGCUGAGGGACAUAUUGGCCUGUGCAUCUCCCACGGUGGUGGACGACGAUGCCAAUUCCUGGGUUGUACUAAGGGUGCGCAAGGUAGCACCAUGUUUUGCAAAGCACAUGGUGGUGGAAAACGGUGUAUAUUUGUAGGGUGCACCAAAGGUGCCGAAGGGAGUACGCCUCUCUGCAAAGGGCAUGGUGGUGGAAAACGUUGCCUCUAUGAUGGUGGUGGGAUAUGCCCAAAAAGUGUGCACGGAGGUACCAAUUUCUGUGUUGCUCACGGUGGUGGAAAGAGGUGUGUUAUUCCAGGCUGUAGCAAGAGUGCUCGUGGCCGAACUGAUUGCUGUGUCAGGCAUGGUGGAGGAAAGCGUUGUAAAUUUGAUAACUGUGACAAAAGCGCUCAAGGAAGCACCGACUUCUGCAAGGCGCAUGGUGGUGGAAAGAGGUGCUACUGGGGUGGAGGAAAAUGUGAAAAGUUUGCAAGAGGGAAGAGUGGGCUAUGUGCUGCACAUAGCAGCCUGGUUCGGGGACGGGCAACGAAUGAAGAAGGAAUGCUUGGACCGCGACUCUUCCAUGGAUUGGUACCGGCUGCCUCUACUUCUAGGAACAGCUUCGCCAACACUUAUGCUUCAUCUGGAGUUAGUGUGAUCUCGGAUUCUCCCAAUUCGCUUGAAAAACCAGCUAAAAGGCGAUUGCUCAUACCUCCUCAGGUAUUGAUUCCUUUGUCGAUGAAGGCCUCAUCAUGUCCCGAGAAGCAAGUGGAAAAGAUCAAUACCAGCGACCUCGACAAUAUUGCCAGUGCCGGUGCUGGAAAGAGCUUCGAUUAUGAUGAGGUUCAGGAGGGAAGGGUGCACGGUGGUGGACUCAUGUCCUUACUUGGGGGUAACCUGAACAAUGCUAUUGAUGGGGAUUCAAAUUGGUUGUAA